AUGCCCUUCUUCAAAGAGCUGCGCCGCCGAUCAAAAGCAAGCUUCCGAACCUCCGACUCCUCAACAGAAUCCAAUGGCACUGUUCCGACUGCAAAAUCGUCCUCUACACUGAACUCCGCUCCCGGAAGCGCAACACCGCCUUCGACAUAUCAUGCCAAUGGCUCCUCUUACAACGUAUUGGGUACAGUCAAGAGCAAUGGUGACACUCCGCCUCCGGUCCCUCAGCGGCCUACUGUUAUGGUUCCGAGUUCAAAUAGGAACAGCAUGAUGACUCUGUCACCUUCCGGCUCUAAUGGGACAAUCCGAGUUCCCCCACCGACCUCCGCGUAUGCGCCUAGAAUUACUUCAGUCAUGGAUAACUCAGUGGUCUAUCACAAAGUGCUAUUGGUGAAUGGAGAAAUUGGCGACCCCAACCAGAAACCCAUGGAGGGCAAUCUGACUGUCCAUCAUGAUAAGGAGGGACAAGCGUUUCCACCUACGAACUGGCCGGUGUCCGAUUCGUACUUCAAAGCUCUUGUCUACCUCUCGCCUGGCUGGAACAGAAUUCGUUUUGACUUCACCUCACCCAAACUGAGCCUCCACAGCACUGGAUCCACCCCUGCGAUGCACUCUUCCUAUAUUAUGCUGAACUACCUGCCAUUGAAUAGCGCACCGCCUCUGCAGCUCGUCAUCCUAGUCGGCAGGGAUUCGCCCUGUACAUAUGACGCAGCUCCCCAGAGAAUACACAAUGAGGGCAACGACCUGUCCAUGGCCAUUAGAAAAUUCCGAAUGGCUGCUCAUCUCUGGCAGACAUUCACUGCAGAACAAAUGUACCGACACAAAUUCGGCCGCAGAUGUUUCAGAUUCGAAGAAGAAUGGCAAACCGGCACACUUUCCAUCCGGGACCGGGAAAUGGGCAUCAUGAAAAAUGAAACCAGGAUCCAUGUCGUACGGUCGGACAAGACUACUGCGGAAUUGCGGGACCUGCAGUACGCCCAACAACAUUCGCCGGCAGCCAAGAAGGGGGAGCUUUACUCAAUUGCAGCGGAUGCCGUCAAGAAGUAUUUCAAUAUCAGACCAGGUCAGAAGCAGUAUGUGGCUUGCCUCUUACUCGAUGCCCAUUGGGAUCCAGAAGUCGGAACAAUCAGGGGCCAUGCUGCUCUCGGCGGUACAGCGGAUGACCUUGGCUUGGCCAUUUUCGGCUCACAUGCUCUUCAGAGCUAUCCAUCGUGUAUCGAGGAAGUCGUGCCGGCCUUUAUGGACUGCACGCGGACUGACACCAAGUAUGUCGCAAACGAUUGCGACGAAUCCGGGAGUAGCUGGGAAGCUGCCAACAUUGGCAUCGGCGCUCAUCUGCAUGAGGUCGGUCAUCUCUUUGGCUGUCCUCACCAAGAAACCGGAGUCAUGCUCAGAGACUAUGUCCGGUUGAACCGCACAUUCUUGAUCAAAGAACCGUACUCGACGAGAACAAAGUCCCAAGGUCUCAAGGUCUGUCGUCAGGAAGACGAGUGCGGUUGGCAUCGACUGGACGUGCUCCGCUUCCGGUACCACCCCUGUUUCAGACUUCCCAGUGAUGAACCUCUUCCACAAGAUGACAGCAUUCAAUACUUUCCGGUCGGCAACGGACGCAUUAUCUGUGCCGCCCCCUCAGGAAUAUCAUUUAUUGAGAUAAGGAUGCACACAGAGGAUCUAUGCCGGCAAUGGAUCGACUUUUCCAACACUGAUCCGCGACACAGUGUUACUCCCAAACAGAUCACCUUGGCAGAGGCCGACGUCCGCGCACGCCUUCCUGAAGACAAAAAGAAGGUCAAAUUGUCUUUGACAAUCUUCUGUGGUAGCUCCCGGAGUGAGAAGAUCGAAGACCUAGACGACCUCUUGUCAAAGAAAUACAUUGUUAAUCUGCCGCACUCGUUCGACUCUCGACUUGGGUUUAAAAGCAAGAAGCUGGGUCAUUCCCAGCUGGAGGGGUCGCGGCCAGAAGAACUGGUCCUAGAAAGCAUUCAUCUUCAGACAAAACUUCUGACUUCUGUCAGACUUUAUCAUGGAUAUGCACUGGACGGCAUUGAAUUUUGCUAUGAAGAUGGUCAUAGUCAACUAUUUGGCAAGAGGGGCGGCAAGCCUGGUGGUGACGAAUUCGUUCUUGACACGCGCCGUGGUGAAACAAUUCUAGGCUUUUACUUGCGUGCCGGUCUCUGGAUUGAUGGUAUUGAGAUUUUGACCAGUACGGGCCGAAGAUCAGGUAUUUUUGGGAACGCAACUGGAGGAUCUGGACACACGUUGAUGGCGCCGCGGGGAUACAGUCUCGCCGGGAUUUCUGGAAGCUGUGGACCAUGGAUAGAUGGAUUCCAGAUCAUCAUCACCCGCUAA